AUGUCUGAAUAUCUCGGCUGGCGUGAACGAAAGCCCCCGCGAGAGUUCGACAACUCCAAGUUCGACCGUGACAUUCUACCAGGAGGGCCGGUGACGCAGGGAUUCGAGAGUUAUGUCAAGAGUAUCUUCAGACCGAACGCUGAUAACAGUCACACUGGUGGAGAAGGUGGAUCGUACACUUUCAGUCAACACAGUAGAGGAGAACUGCCGGGAGGUGCUUCUGGACUGACUGGAGAUCCGAAAGUCAGCGCUUCUGCUUUACUCAAGAUGGAGGAGCAUCUGGGGAAGGAGGCGUUGGAUGAUUCGUGUAGGUUAACACUUGUUUACGCUUCAAUUGUCAAUUGUUUAUUAUUUAGGUAACAAUUUGGAACAAUCCAAAUAGAUUACCUGUUUACUUUUUGAAAAUAACAUUUUUUAUUUUGGUAAAUAAAAGACGACUUUAUAUUUCAGUGGAUCAUGAAAUCUUGUACGACGAUGCGUUGCCUCGAAUGUAUUCAGAAUUAGGAAUCACGUCUCCUUCUGAACGAAACUACCGACAGUAUCCAGUAUACAACCCUAAAUCUUCGAGUGAGUACUUCGCCACAAGAAACAGUACGUUCAAUCCGUCGAGGUAUUCAGAAGAUAGCUACAAGGUAUGAUUUCAUUUAAUACAAUAUUUUGACCAAUUGUGGUCUAUAGUUUGUACAUGUUUGUUUAUCUAAUAUUCUUUUUAUUUGCAUAAGAAUUGUGUUGUCCGCCAGUUCGACAAUUAUGAUAAAACACAUUUCUCGCCAAUCUUAAUGUAAAUUAUACUUAAAUCAAGCACAAAAAUGUAAUUAAGUACAUGCUUCAGGGUGCUUAUGAUUCGUACAAGGAGAAAACAGAAGACGGCUGGCGCCAAACGGAUCGUCAGAUGUUGGUGGACUACAAAGACUUCAACAGUUCGCCUUUGUCACCGUACAUGUACCAACAACAUCCGUAUGUUCAACGACAAGACACCAGAAUCGUAGGUUCGAACUUUGUCCAGCUGACUACUCGGCCGCGAGACCGGUUUCUGGACAAGAUAGACAAGACCUUGGCCGACGUGCGAGCCAUGCCAAGGUUUUAA